UGAGCACAUUGUGCUGUGGGACAGCAGGAAUCGAGCAUCUGGGGUCGCGCUCACAUAUACUGUAUUAAACUGAUGCGCACUAAUGCGCACGCUGGCACAUCUGACGCGCGCGUUUGGUUACGCUUCUGUCUUGGUGAUGCGCGUUUGAAUCGAGGAUUAUUAUUUUAGAAAGACAACGAUCGCGAGUAUAACGGACAUCAGCUGCUAGUGCGUUUGACAGUUUGUAAUUUCCCCUUGUUUUGUUGUAUGUUGUGUAAAAUCGUUGCUCUUCGGACACCUCUUACGCAUUAGAAAGCUUCCGUUAUCACACAAGUUUGUAGCUGGAAUUGAUUUUCGGAGACGUCGUUUUGGAGAUUUCUAUCAGUCGGACGGUGGUCCUCUUGUAUGGAUGUAGUGGCUCGGACUGAGUCGGACCGAUCCGGGGGUUCCAGACGCGCUUCCCCGAGAUUCCCCAGCAGCAUCACCGUCCAGCCGAGCGCAUCCAGCAGCAGUCGACAUGAUCCUUCUGGGAAUACUUCUAAAUCUGUUCGUCAUUAAGGGGACUGUUCCCUCGGUGGUGCCGGUGUUCCCCGGGACUGUGGACUGCAUAGAGGCUGUAAAUGAAUGUAUGCUGGACCCGGAGUGCAAGCGUCAGUUUCGGCACCUGGAGUACUGCGUGGACGAGGAGGCGGUGACUCCCCUCAGUCUGGAGGGACGGCAGGCCUGCGUCGACGCUCAGAACAACCUCAUGCAUUAUCAGAACCUGCAGGAAUGCAAGUGUCAGCGAGGCUCUCGCUUGGAACAACAGUGCCUGAGCAUUUACUGGACCGUCCGUUUUCCACAGGGUUACGAUGACAUUGAGACGUCUCCAUACGAAGACAUUGAACUGGAACUUGUGAGAAACAGUGAAACAUCAAAACUAGCCUCAAUAGUUUCAGUGUCCUCCCUUCCUCUGACGGAUCAGAACCAGUGUCUGAAAGCAGCUCAGGACUGUGGCUUGUAUGAGAAGUGCGGUUCCCUGCGCUCCGAGUACGCUUUAGCUUGCACAAAGAUCAUACCUGGCACAAACCACUGUAACCGGCACAAAUGUCACCGGGCUCUGCGGAGGUUCCUGGAGCGCGUUCCAGAGGAGUACAGCUUUGGUGUCUUAUUUUGUCCCUGUUCGGAUACUCUGUGUGGGGAGAGAAGGAGAAAAACCAUCGUGCCCUCCUGUUCCUACGAGGAGAGAGACGGACAGCCUAACUGCCUCAAUCUGGAGAGUUACUGCCUCAAAGACAACCUGUGCAGGUCAAGACUGGCUGAUUUCCAGCAGAACUGUCAGCCGUCUCCUCUCUCUUCCUCCGGCUGUCUCCGGGAAAGUGGAGCCGUGUGCCUCAAGGCCUACGCUGGGCUCAUCGGUACCAUCAUGACACCAAACUAUGUGAGUAACAGCAGUACAGAGGUGUCGCAGUGGUGUAAUUGCGAAGGCAGCGGGAAUCAGUGGCAGGACUGUCUGCGUAUCCUGCACAUGUUCAACAGCAACACCUGCCUACGUAAUGCCAUUGAUAACAUGGGAAGCUCCACUCCUCGUCCAGUAGAAGGCACGGCCCUUCCUCCUCCUCGCCCCUCCCCUCAAGUCCAGCGCGAUGAGCUGAACAUCAACACGCUGCCCGAACCCAAUGCAGUGAUUGAAAGCGAAGAAGAUGAGGAGGAAGAAGAGGAGGAGGAAGAGGACGAAGAAGACCAAACCGGAGGAGGAGGUAGCUUCAACAUCAUCCCUCCGUUCUCAGACAAGGCGACAGUCACUAACCUGGGCUCUGAGGCCGGAAGAGUCCACAGCUCGGCCUCCACCCUCUCCAUCCCUCACUUCCUACUCGCGGCCCUGCUGCUCAGUGCCCUCCGCUGGGGGUAGAAACCCUUAUUCUUUCUCACACACACACACACACACACACACACACUCACCAACAGACACAAACACACUCUUACACAACACACGCAAACACACUUCCUCCUGAAGUACUCGCUCACAUCCAGACUCUACCAUCGAGGGACGACAAGAACGACAGAUCGAAGUGCGAAACGAGCGGACAACUGUUCUAUCCCUCUUUCCUUCUUUCAUUCAUUCUUUUUCUCCUUCUCGGGAAGAGGGUCUGCUAUAGAUAUAGCUGCUUGUUCAUUAGGGAAUCGCUUUCCCAACGGGAUUCCCUCCGCCUGAAUCAUUUGAAUCACACGGAAGAUUCGCGACUCCUCGGACUGACAAGUAGCCGACGGUGAACGAAUGAUUUGGUCUUGCCAUGUAUCUAUCGUAUAAUGUCAGUGUGCUUCAGAAAAGCGAGUCAAACCAGGAAAGCGCCGGCUUUCCUUGGGUUCGGAAAAAACCCGCCGUGUUUAUUGUCGCUGAUCAUGUCGUCGUAUGAAAUGAGACAAAAUGUAUGUGUUUGUAAGUACGUGAUUCGCUUGACACGAGAGCAAAAAAAACCUGUCGAGCACGAUUUCCGAAUCUUCCCGUUUCUCACGCCUCCAUGUCUCUGAAAUCAGGCCGCACACCUAAUCACACACACACGCCUCUGCCCUGCUGCAGAGCCGAUCGCGCAGAUGCAAGCGCUUUUCAUUUAUUGCUCUAUCUGCGAUGUGCUUUCAUUUUUUGACUCAGCACAGACUGUGCACUCUAACCAGGGGCAUAAAUAAAAAAACACGUCCGAGAACAGAAAAAAAACAUGAGUAAUAAAGCCGAAAAUAAAGAAAUAAACACGCUAAAUAAAUAAAUAUAUCGCCGCACAGCAGGUGUUGGAGUCCGGUCUGGGUUUAGAACCCGAGGGGAAGAAACAGGAAGUCAUUUUCCAACCGCCUGUCGCCUGGUACCUCUCCCUGUGCCUGUUGUUUUACUUUCACAGAGAUAAUGGCUUACAACACAAACUGUUUAUCUUGUUGUGUGUUCACGGGGACGAAUUACUCGUGAUGGGAACGAAAUAGAAAAAAGAGAUCAAGGGAAGAAACAGACGGAGACGGGGAGAGACUCAAACCCUCCAGCGAAGGGAAAAAAAACCUACAGUCUAGAAUCACAUGCUUUUUCUGUUUGUUAUAAAUCUUUUGCUGACACCGAUGCUUUUUUCUCAAUCUCGUUUCUUUCCCUCGCUCUCGUGCAUGUCCAUCCGUGGAAGUGAGAGAGAGAACACGGGUGCACUCGUACUGGAUUCAAUCGAGAACUUACUUCUCCACCGUUGAUGUAUGUUCAGUAAAUACGAGAUUCGGUGCCUCACAGAAUCUUAUUCCCCUCAGACCGCAAGAGGCCAUUGUAAUGCCUGUGCAAAAACACAUGAUUACAAUGUCUGGGUAAUCAAAAUGCGCUUUCUUUUUUUAUUUAGAUGGCAGGUAAAACGUUUUUUACAUAAUAUAAUUUCUUCUAAGUUGCUAAGAAUUCUGUCUGAAAACAAUUAAAUGAUAUGAAUGCAUAUUGUUUUUGGUAAACUACAUAUAUGUAGGUUUACUGUGAUUACAACUUUUGGUAACACCUUACUUAAAGCCUUUAUGUAUAAUACAUUAUAAAAGAAGUUUAAAUGCAUUAACUAUGCCUUGUAAUGCAACUUACAAUUCAUUGUGCAAUCUCUUAAAUAAUUGUAACGCGGUCGAUAUAUUAUAACACUUAUCAAUUCAUUAUAACACUAUGCUUUUUAGAUUUGGUUAUAAUGAUGACCUUUUGCAUACCCUUGAUAGUCUUAAAUAACCUUUUCUAAUGUAUUACAGAAAAAGGCCUUAAUUAAAGUGUCACCAUUUUUUGCCAGAAGUCUUUGAUGAAUAGAGGAUUAUUACUAACAAACAAGUUAAAAAGACUAAUUAAAAACUUAAGACAUGAAUAAAAAAAACUGUCCUCUUUCAAAACGUCAUCAAAAAAAUCCUUGAAACAAGAUGAAACAACACAGCAUAAGACAUUAGGACUUGUUCAAAAAAACAAAAACAAAUGUAUUUUGUCUUACUGCACUAGUAGAUUUUUUAAUUUUUACAAAUAAAUCAACUCUUUAAUAGCCACAUUAAAAUUACAAAUCGGAUGUAGCUGCAAUGUGAGCCAAUCCAUUUUUCACUGAGAAGGAAAAAACGGCUUAAAUAUUAUUGUUAAAAAAAAGCCUAACUGACCACGAACGGUUGAAUGGCGUAUUACCUGCUAACUGCAGCUUCAGACGCAGCCUCCGUCUGCUUUCUUUCCAGAUGGGUUUUUAGAGCACGAGGUCUGCUGAACACAUUCACCUCCCUCCUCCUCUUCUCUGGAAGAAAUUAAAGCUUAGCUAAAGUGCUCAUAUCUCAUCUGGCAUUCUCAAGAAGCACCUUCGAUUACACCGACAUGACUUAACAAUCAGAUUGUGAACUGAUCUAUUAUGCGGAGGAACAUAGAGGGGUGCGCACUGAUUGAACAGACGUCGUGCUCCUCAACGUUUUCUCCUCCGUGGCAAGGUCAGCGAGCCACGCAGCGAGCCCGCUCAAUCAGUAGGGUUAAUUAAGAGAAGAAACGAGAGCGCCUCUGGAUUGAUGCGCCUGUCGAAAUAGCGGGCAGCCUUUAUGAUGGCUGUUGUUAUUUUUUAAUUGUUAUCGGGGGCCAGUGUCGUCCGCCCAGCCAUAACAGAGGGAGGCAGAGAAUGAGUGACAUCGGAGGAGGAGAGCAAAGGCACGGGUGUCAGUGAUUCACAUUACAAUAUUUCAAAAAAAUAAACAAAUAAGCCAUGCGUUAAAUAAAUGCACAUUGCAGAAAAGUUUUGGGAGGCGUAGACAGAAGAGAAGUGUUAGCCUGUUCCGAGACCUAGCGAGCUCACUACUUAGACAGCGUUUGAAGGCUAAUUUAUAAUACUUUGUUUUGGGCUGCCCUACGGUUUUCCAGGAUGCGGGUGAACGAUGUGGAUUAUAAAUACGUUUAAUUAAAUACUUUUAAAAACUGAUAGAAUAGCUCAAUCGAAUUAAAGAAUCACUAUUUCACCUAAUUAUUGUGCAUAUACUGCAAAAACGAUUUCUUAAUGCGUUUUUAAUUAGUGUUUUUUAACUUGCUUAUCCAUAAAAAUGUUAAAAACCCUUCCGGCAACACUACAUAAGACAUUAAAACUUAAGAAAAUGCAUUUUUAAUGAGUAUUAAAGAUUAUUAUGUGAAAUCAUAUACUAAUAUCUUAUGCAGUGUUGUCUCUCAUGUAAGGUUAUCUUGUUCAAGGAUGUUUGGAAAUUCAAACUGGAGCACUAGACAAAUAAAUAAAUCAAGUCAAUGAUUGUGAGUAUGCUGUAAAAUGUGAAUUUUUAAUUAGUCUUUUUUUAAUUGUUUGCCAGUAAAAAUACACUUGUAUUCUUUAAAAAAAAGUCUUAAUAUUUUUUUAGCAUGCAGUUUUUCAGGUUGUCUUGUUGUCUCAAGAUAUUUUAACUGAAAAACUUUGAAACUUUUUGUUUAACUUUGAAAAAAAAUUUCCCACCACAUUUAUUGUUUUUCAGUCAGAUAUAUGUAAAAUUCUUUUUAAAAAAUGUACCUGAGCAACACUGCAUAUAUAGAAAGACGUGAAUGUAAUAUUAGAGUAUUCUGUAUUUCCCUUAACUCGUUUAUGCUUAAAAAUCUACUAGUUCACUCCAGUUCACAACAUAAAAAAUAAGAAAUAAAUAAUGCUGUGCUGCUUCUCAGGUAAUUUAAUCUUGUUUCAAGGAUAUAUAUAUAUACACACACAAGGCUAAACGACUCUAUUUUAUGCGUAUCGGCAUAUCAUCCUGUUAGCUUAGCAACAUGCUAACAUCAAACUCAAAAAAGCAAGUCAAGUUUUCGUGCUUACAGCCCGACUUCGCUAAUAAACCUGGUUAACCAGCACAAUGUUGCCUGGUUAAACUAGCUAAUCCACCUGGAAACACCCGUGUCGUGAACCAGCGUUCAAAACUGGAACAGAGCUAGAGAGACGGAUCCCACACUAAAUUAACCAUAACAAUUUCGCUGUUUGCUUGCGUGUGCCGCAUUACAACCACGACUUGGCCCGUACACAGAUUUGCUUAAUAUGAGUCUAACAUUUCCUCCGCGCCCAUCUGCGUCUGUGUACACAAGAGAAACCUGCCACGGCGAAUCCUCUGCGCCGAGCGCUAGAUUGCAGGGAGCAAGGGACAGGAAAAGAGAUAAACACACAAUAAGGGAUAAAGGGAUGGAGAAAGUGGAGGAGAGAGAGCGAGAGUAUGGGUUAGAGAAAAAAGCACCCCGGCGAGAGAGCUGCGAGCGUGAUGGAGAGAGAAAGAGAGGAGCGGGAAGAUUGCAGGAGAGAGAGAGAGGAGUUUACCCUGUAGGCUCAUAGCUUUAUUAUUAUAGUAUGCGGACACUGAUUUAUUUGGCGGCUGCAGGCACCCGUACUGAAACUCAUUUCAGUUGUACUGAUGUUGAUUCGCUCUCUCUCUCUCUCUCUCUCUCUCUCCUCUGGCUCUGCAUUGUGAGCCCACUGGACUGUGUGCCACUGUUUGUCACCCCACAAUGCACCAUCAAUUGCAUGAAAAUAAUCACCACUGGUAAUGUUUUUCUAAUGAAGAUGCCCAAAAUAGUCCGUAUUUAAUCUUCUUUUAUGGAGUGCACUUAUGUCUUUUUUUUUUUUUUUUUUUCACAGCGCUGUAUUUUCACUUUUAAUAACGGCUUGACGGAUUUAUUUUGUCUUGUUUUGCAGUUAAUUUUAAUGAAACUAUCAACAAUGAGCACUCUGGUCUACUUAAACGUUGCAGGCCCUCAUGGAAUCGGUGGCUGCUGAAUUCUGGAGAAUUGGACCGCGUUUGCGUAUUAUAACGCGGUCGUGUUUGCACAUGGAUUGCGUGAAUUGCUUUCAAACAGGUAGCUUGAAGACUUUGUCAUUGGUCGGUGAAACUGAUAGUCCUGCCCAGGAUUCAUGAAGAGGAAGGAUUCCAGUGGGCUUUUUUUUGUGCCAAUCUACAAAUUGCUGGCGUGUAGUCGCCUCUGCGUAUUCAGCUGAAAUUGGAACGUUUUUCGAAAUUGAAAUAUAAUCAAUUUAAAAGAUUUGAUAUGAUUCGAAACGAUAAUUGAAACUGAAUGAGCUAUUUGUUGAACGUUGGUCACUUAUCACAUUCCAGUUUUAUAAAAGCACUCUUUAUUACACCGUUUUAGUUUAUAGCACUUACCGCUUGUUUACAUUGUGAGAUAUGAGGCUAAUAAUUUUACAUUUAAUUUUAUAUGUAUUGAUUUACAAGGCAAAAAAUAUUUUCUAAACAAGUAGUUUUUGUUUUUUUCAGUAAAUACCUAAACAUUCUUAAAUCGAGAUUAUGUAAAAUUAUAAAAAAUUGUUUACUGAAUAAAUUAUGAAAAUUAAGCAACUAAAGCACUUCACUUUAAGUUUAUUUUUUUCGCCCCACUGAUUGUUUUCUUGCUUCAAGUAUAAACAUACUUUUUUUUUCUAUAAUCUCAGAAAGCAAGACUUGAUUUAAGAAUAUUUAGAUAUUUAUACCGUAAAACAAUUAAAAAAUACCCAUUAAGAAAAUUUUGUUGUAUAAGCGGUUUUAUCCAAAUGAAGAAUACAAAACAAGCAAAACAAUACGUUUUUGGUAAAAAUCUUUUCACUACAUUUGCGGUGUCGGAUUUUACCGAAAAACUAGUUUUGUCCGCAUCAACGGCUGAAUCAACUAAUCAACAAAAGAAUCAGGAUUGAAUAGAAGUACACAUUUUACCACGCUUUUACCUCCAGUCCGCUGCAGAAAUGUGUGCUGAUUCCGUCUGGGCCUGGUUAUUUGCCUCAAUGUUGGUGUUGAAUGAUGAUUGUGCCCCGAUCAUAACCCAAAGUCAUGCAGCCGGCCAAUCAGAGCUCCCUCAUUACUGCACAUGCUCAGUCAUGCUUAACGCUUCAUGUGACACUUCAUAAACAUUAAGGAACUGAAGUGGGAAAACACUUAAAUAGCACACAAGAUUAAGUUUUAAAUAGUCAUUAUACUUGAAAUACUUGCCAUUCGGUGACUGGUUGAGUGGAGAUGUGGAGUGUGCUGUGGUUCGAGCAUGUCUCUCUGUGCCAUGUUGGACUUGCCUUUAAUAAACCUCCUCCACACAAACGCACCCGAACCCUUCCUCGACCACUGCCCUCUGGGUCACUUUUCGGACCUGUUUUACUGUGCCGAUUCUUUCCUCUGCUCAUCUUCUGUUAAUGUGCCCUGUUUCCUAUCAGGUGUAAAAAUGAGAAUUCACUGUUUCUGUGAUCCAUGAUAAUGUACCAUCUCAAAUAAAAGAAAGAAAACAAAUCAA